CGAGAAUAAUACGUUUGCCUUGGAGAGUUCUACCUCUCCCGUGGACUAGUUCUGAUACUCAGGGAAACCACGUUAAAUCCUUGUGUUCUUUACGUUUUAGUUCACAAUAGAACGUAAGCACCGUCAUGUGCUCGAGCUUACUCGUGCAAUUUUGUUUCAUUCCCGGGUCCCUAAUCGCUUCUGGAUGGAGGCUGUGCACACCACUUUGUAUUUGAUUAACCGUCAAAUCACACAGGUUUUAGAUCAACGCUCCCCAUUUCAAGUUUUGUUUGGUACUCUUCCUGACUAUUAAGCUCUCCGUGUUUUUGGCUCGGUCUGUUUUGUGUUGAUGCCUCGUAAAGAAAGACCGAAGCAGUCACCUAAGACUGCUUGGUGCAUUUUCUGGGGUAUCGUGUUUCUGGAACAUGUUAUGUACUUUGCUUAUGCAAAAGAUGAGACAGCCGAAAGCUUGUCCCUUGACUUCCUUACGUCACUGCCCAUUUUUGACACUCUUAUUGUGAAAUCAUCCAUGCAACGACGUCCCAUGAGGCGAGCAUGGGCGAGACUUCCUUUAUGUCACCCUUGAUCAAUCACCAAUCUAGUAGUUCUUCCGCAGGGUCUUCUUCGACUAGCAACAAUAGCUCUUCCGUGGUAUCUUUCUCUGAUAGCAAUAGCUCCUCCUCGUCUAUUGUUGGGUCUUAUUAUGCUAGCUACAACUCUCACACUAAUACGAGCUCGGAUGACUCGUCGCCGACACCUUCUCCUCUGCAGGCAAUGGUGCCCUUGCGCAGGUCUGCUCGAGCUAAUUUGGGACAGCCACCUCCUCGGAUGCUUGAUUAUGUGGGAUAUAGUGCUGAACCUAUUGUGAUUCCUAGGAUCUAUGCUGAAGCUAAGGGCGAUCCACGAUGGGAAGGGGCCAUGACAGAGGAAACUAAUGUGCUUGAUGCGAAUCAUACGUGGGAUCUUGUCCCUCGGACACUUGACAUGCAAGUUAUUGAUAGUCGAUGGGUCUAUACAGUGAAGAUGCAUUCUGACGGCACUCUGGAAAGAUUUAAGGCACUAGUCGUGGCUCCGAGAUUCAAACAAUAAUAUGGUAUAGAUUAUGAUGAGACUUUUGCUCCAGUGGUUAAGAUGCAAACGAUCCAAUGUAUUUUUGCAGUUGCAGCAAUGAAAGGGUGGAUGUUAU